AUGGCAGCGUGGUCAAAGGGAAUGUACUGCUUUAAUGUCAGGAGCUCUUAUAAACUCGCGAUAUUGAUUGACACUGCCAAGGGCACAAGCACAACCGACAAUCCGGACUCUAACGAGGCUGCGUUCCCGGUGUUCGGUCUUCCCCGCUCUCAAUGGUGGAUGCACCAUAAUAGCAAGGUUGGCUCAAUCCUUUUCACUCUUCGCCACCGAGCUCUUCCACAGUGCGAUGACUAUCCUCCGGAGCGUGGAGACUUCCUGGAGCUACCCGCUGGCGGCUCCUUCACCGUCGAGCUUGCCAUGAACAAGGCAUUUACCAGUCUAUCGUACAAUGGUCAAUAUACAACGGAAUGGGGAGAUGGUCAACAUCAUCCUGAAGGCUAUUCAUCCACGAACACCGGAGGCGCUUCACUCAACAGCGCUGGAUGCCUCAGCUCUCCGAAUUUUCACACCAAGAGUGAAGGAAACGCUGCAGGCUCAGUGUUUGCCAUUUCCUACCAGAGUGAUAUCACCAAAGUAACUCCUGAGAAUCUUGUAGUCUUCACUGUGAAGCAUCACACACCAUGGAAGCGCCUCGCCACCUACCAAGUUCCUACCGCUCUUCCUGCAUGUCCAACUGAUGGGUGUCACUGCGUUUGGGGGUGGAUUCCUGACCAUUGCGGAGAGCCAAAUAUGUACAUUCACCCAUACAAGUGUACAGUCGUUGGGGCAACAAGUACCGUCCCUCUCGCGAAGGCUCGACCUCCCAAAUGGUGCGACGGCGAUCAGAAGCGCUGCAUCACUGGUGCCAAGCAAAUGAUCUUUUGGGCUCAGAAAGAUGGGAACAAUGUCGAGCUUCAAGGCGACCAGGCGGACGGUCAGACGAAGAGUCCGGGCUACAAUAUGAAGAUGGGCUUCCAUAAUGGUGCCCAGAACGACAUAUUCAUGGAAUCAGACGACAAAGACCGCCUACUUCGUCAUAAAGUCUAUGCUCGACUCUCGCGCUCCACACAGAAACAUGUCCAUAUGUAG